AUGGGGCGGCGCCUGAGGGCACCGAACGAGCUGCUGAGGAGCAGCGGGGUAACGCAAGUCGGGCCGUUCGCCGACUACCAUCGGGCGUUGGUGGACAGCAUGCAGAGAGCAACGGAGGCGACGAAGGCGGCGCUCGCGAUAGACCAGCGCCGACGAGCCAAGUACUACGACAGGCGUGUGCGUCAGCACGCCGAGUUUGAUGUUGGUGAUCGCGUGUGGGUGCUGCGCCCACCACGCGGAAAAGGACUUACAAAGUUGACGCAUCAGUGGCUGGGGCCGGCACGCAUCGUUGUCGACGCGGGCUUCGACAACUGGAAGGUGGAGCGAGAAGACACGGGCGAGCACCUGAUCGUGCACUGCAGUUUCCUGGUUUCCUGCCACUGCCCGAGUGACUCGCUCGGCAGUGUGGCAGAACGCAUACUGAGGGAGAUGGCGGAGGAG